AUGCCGGACUUCGACCCAUCCUCUGCCGAUCCUGCGAUACGACAGCUCUCGUCGCGCUUAAGCAUGGAUCCCAGCCUGAGGGCGGCCGCACAGGCCGACGUCGACUGGGCAGACGAUGACUGCGGCAGCGAGCCCAAACCCGCCAAUGGCGCUGCAGACAGCGACUCCGCCAUGAGCACCCCAGCGUUCACAACCCCGCCGCUGCCGCCGCCAUCCCCGCCUGCUAGCGAACGAUACCUAGACCGAAGCGAGGACAAGGCGUCGACGAUCAGCAUGCCCUGGUCGGCGCACACAGCUUCGAGCGCGAGCAACGCCCUCCUGCAGUAUGCGACGGGCCCGACGCUGCUGCCACAGCAGAUUGCAGAGGUCGUCUCCAACCUCUCGCUCCUCGCACGAGUGUCCCUCAAGUCGGCCGCGUUCUUUAUCGAGCUCGUCCUCGAGACGGCCAAGUACGGCACGGGAAUGGGUCUCGGGAUAACUCGACGGGCUCUCAUCAGCGCCGUUGGCACCGCUCGUGCGCUCCAUUCGAUCGGAUCGGGCCAGGGCUGGAACGCGCAGGACGCCGGUCGACCCAUGACGAUAGCAAACUCGGUCCGCAACGCCAACGAUGCGUUCCUCUCCCUGCUGGACAAGUACACGGCCGUUGGCAUCUAUUUGAUCCAUCACACUUUCACGAUGGCGGAGCUCUUCGCCAUGAGCAGCUUCUACAUCGCCUCGAGCAGCAUCCAGGUCGGCCUCGCCGCUGCCGACGAGUCCGUCCGCACGAUCGACGGCAUCUUCGGGUCCAACGAGACCUCGCGGGCGCUGGCCUCGUUCAUCACGCUGGUCAGGAGCGAGAUCCGCGGCGAUCCACGCUUCGCCGACAGAGGGAGCCUGAGCAUCCUCGCCACCCUGACCAAGGCUAUCACGGCCUUUGCUGUGCUCCAGAAGUCGACCUACAAGCGCAGCGCCAGGAGCAUGAAGAUGAGGGUGCUCUACGACUGCACCGUGCUGGGCGAGGUCGAGACAAAGAGCUGGCGCUCGAUGAUCGUGGGCUCCGGCAACUUUGUCAAGACCCAAGGACCGCCGGAGCCUCAGCUGCUCAAGUCGUCAGACGGUGCGCACACCCCGCCAGCCAUCUCCAACGGUUCGCCGACCGGCACGUUCCGGGACCUCCCUGAAUCGAGCCAGCACGGGCCUUACCCUGGCCCGCCAGCUUCGUUGGCAGGCAUGGCCUCGCCGAGCGGCCGAGCUUGGAACCAGCUAGGACAUGGGCUCUGCCUGACCGACAUUGGACCUAGCUAUGCUGAGUCGGAAUGGGCGUUGGGCGGACCAUUCUCGCCCUCAGCCCAACAGCCCACUCGCCCUGGCUCGAUCUGCGGCGACGAUGUCUCCAUCAUGGCCGAUCUCGACUUUCUCGUGGGCGCAGAGAGCGAAGCGGAACCGACGAUCUGGACGGCCGCCGAGCUGCCCGCGCAUCUGCAGCACGAGCUCGGAGCGUUUGACGAGGAUCACUUGCGGCGCGGCGUUGCGCUCGAAGGGCUGCAACUUGGUGGCCCCGGUCAAGUGCGCAGGUACGUGCGCAAGCGUCCCGGUCCCGGCAGGAACGAGACCGUCUACGAAGUGACAACCGAGACGAUCGAGACGACCGAGACCACCACGACUACCGAGGAAUGGCCAGGACGAACGUCUCGAACACACCUCGGGCCCCCGCAGAAUGGUGGCGGCGGUGGAGGCGGUGGCUCGAGCGUCGUUGAGCGUGACAUCACAACCUCUCGGAGCGGCCACGGCAUGCAGUCGAUAUUCGACGGCGGUCGAGAGACAUCGUACGAGCAGGAGGAGGAGUGGUGCGAGGUGGCACGAACGACCAAUGAUCCUCCCUCUGCCCGAUCCGACAGCAUAGACACUCUGACCGCAGGGUCUCCUCGAGCCACCAUCCUGGACGCCAUGGACAUCGACGGCGCCGACCAGGCCGAGGCCUUGCCGGAGGCGCCCAACGGCGGUCCCAUCAUCCGCCGCAACCGGGAGGGUACCCGCGGAGACCGGAAUUUAGAUCCGACGACAAAGAUGCAGGUGGUUCUCAAGACGAUGACCAAGAAGCUUAUACAAAAACGACGGACGGUGCGAAAGAUUGAGCUGCGGAGCGACACCGAGGAUGACGAAAUGCUCAACGCCGUCGAUGAGCCCUGGCAAGGGCACGCUCGCCUCGCAGCGCCACUCGAAGACGCCAGGCACGAGCGCGAACAGACGUCGCGAGCGUUUCCGCAGCACGGCUCAAGAACCGCGCCGGCAAGCCCGACCACGGAUCGCCACCUCUUCUUAUCUCGCGCGAUGCCACGCUCGCGUCCUGCUGCGGAAGCGGCACCCACACGGGAGGACAAUGCGGAGAUGGCCAACGGUCUGCAGAAGGUGCUCAAGAUGGCUCGAAACUCGCUCAAGAGCCCGCACAGUGGCAAUCACAUCCGCCCACUGCUCGCCAGCAGCACGCUGAGCGGUAGGAGACGGGCGACGCCGGACUCUGAGCCACCGACGCCGGCCGAAUCUGCAGAUGACAUGGAUACGACGCCAAAGAGAGCCUCGUCCAGGAGAUCGGCAGACGGAAAGCAGCAUGACAAGAGGCAAGGGAAGAUGCAGUCCGGCCUGGGACCGGGCGCCUCCCCUCGCACUAAGCGCACCGCGUCGGCAGCAGAGGCCACCGAAGCGAAAGCUGCAAAACAGACUGGCUCAAUGAGCCCAAAGAAGUCCGUAUCGCGAGGGACACUGAAGGACCUGCCACCGAUCCCUUCUCGCACCGACUCAAGGGCGGCUUCUCAGGCCGAGUCUGGGCACGGCUGCAGGGCCGCCGCCAAAGACCUCGCAAACAGUUCCGCGCCGUUCCCGACGGCGUCGACGGGGACCCAGCGAGACAAGAGGCGUUCGAGGGCGCCGUCGAUCACAUCGCUGCACUCGUACGCUUCGCGGACACAUAAACAGAGCACCGCUCGUGGGCCGGCGCCAGGCAGCUCAUACACCGAACCUGCUGGCGCCUUCCCCCGAGCGCACCUUGUCGUCAACCUCUACAAGUUCAUGCGUCACUCGUCCGCCGCCUACGGGCAAAACUUCAUGCGCAUCCUCGGCAUCGGCAGCCUCGAUUACUUCUUCCCAGACACAAGCAAGCACCAUGCCAACGUCUGGGCGUUUGCCCACCACGUCGGGAUUCCGGUGGACUGCAUCCUCCUCAACAGCUUCUCGGAGCCACAGUCGCUGUCGUCGGAACGCAUGUCGCCACUGGUCAACUACGUGGCCAUCGACGAUCAGGCACAGGCGGUUGUGCUCACCUGCCGCGGCACACUCGGCCUCAGCGAUAUCUUGACAGACCUGACUUGCACCUACGAGGACAUUGAGGUGCCCGGCGGGAAGCGCGGGGAAGUCUACCAGGUCCACUCUGGCAUGCUGGCUUCCGCCAAGCGGCUCUCGUCGGCUCGCGGAACCGUGAUGCAGACGAUCGCCAACGCCCUGGAAGCGAAUCCAGACUACGGCCUCGUCGUCACCGGUCACUCACUCGGAGGCGGCGUGGCCGCACUGCUCGCCAUCCUCCUCAGCUGCAGAUCGACGUAUUUCCAGGAGCAGGUGUUGCUGCAGAGCAAGCAACAGGGUCUACAAGCUGGCAGCGGCUCCAUCCGCCAUCCCAAGAUCACCACGCCGUUUGUCACUGCUCUCGGCUCGGGCUUGCCAGCAGGGCGACCGAUCCACGCCUAUGCGUACGGCGUGCCCGCGGCAACCUCGCUGGACUUGUCGCGCUAUUGCCGUGGUCUGGUCACCAGCGUCGUGCAUGGCCACGACUUUGUGCCGACGCUAUCGCUGGGCAUGGUGCGCGAUAUGAAGAACGUGGCACAGACGCUCUGCUCCGACGCGGAGACUGACACGCCGCAGCAGAUUGUCGGCAGAGUCAUCGGGCUCUAUCAGAAGCGCAGGAGCGCCACGGGUCGCGACGAGGCGAGGCGCGCACAGCCAGCUGGCCUCCUCGAGGAUGGUGUGCCGCGGCCCUCGGACCCGCCAGCCCACGAGCGAGACUUGAUCAUGGAGCCCGAGGAGCUCAAGCAAGGACGCAGCCGCAAUCGCGCCAACGACUCGGGAUACCAGGACCCAAGACUCGCGGACGACGACCUCGAUCCUUUCUCCUACUCGCAGGGAGGUGGACUAAAUCCCGGCUCGGCCUCCCGCGGCGCACAAACGUAUGGCGCAGCUGGAGACGCCGGCGACGACGACGCCGAUCUGCAAGACUGGCUGUGGAGCUUGAUCAAGACGAUCCGGGCCGACAUGUGCGAAGAGAAGCUCUACCCGCCCGGCGAAGUCUAUUGCAUCGAGUCUUUCCCAGUCUUUGUCACGCCGCGAAUGCGCCCGCCGGGCGAGGGCGCGACGCCUUCGUCGCCUCGAACAUCCUCGCCCGAGUCGCCGCAAGCGGGCGAUGGAACCGAGGAUGGACGGGCCGAAGCGCACCGUGUCAUCCUGCGUUUCUGCGAGGACGUCGAGAAGCGCUUCUCGGAGCCCAUCUUUGCCAAGAGCAUGCUGCGCGACCACAUCCCCACCAAUUACGAGCUCUGCAUGUCGCUCCUUUUCGAGAGCGUCGUGCCGCGGGCACCCGGAUCGUGA